AUGGCUGAGGAGUUGGCAAAGCUAAAGGGUGCCAAGCUGAACAAAAAGCUGUCUUUUCACACCCCUCCGCCCAAGAUCUCCGCUCCGUCCCCUGAGCCGAAACACCCAGCCGGCGAGGCGUCCCAGGCCGAUGCCUCUGCAGGUUUGGGCACUGAUGCUCAGUCAGCUCCACCUGCCACGGAGGGUGCGCGCUUGGCAAGGUUGAGGCGUAUGUGUGAGAUGAAGCCCAGCGGACGUUGUCACGUGCCCCCGGAUAUUCAUAAAAGAUGGAAGGAAGGAACCAAGGCUGAUCGUGAGGCAAUGGUGGAUGAGUUAGAGGCUGCAGGUUGGUCAAAGGACACUGAGUGUGACUUUUGUACUGACAUGUUCGUCAGCCGGAUCACCAAGAUUUUUGCGAAGACCAAUCGACUUUCAAAGCGGAAGAAGAGGGGCUGGUAUACAAAGGAAGCCAUGUCCACCGUUUUGGGUUGGAGCGCGUCCUACAUCAAGCACGUCGUCGAGUAUUGUGAGAAGCCUGGCAACAUCGACCGCCUUACAAAGAAGGAUCGCUACAACAAGAAACUGAUGAAGUACUAUGUGACCUAUGAAGAAGGUGAUGAGGAGGUGUCAGAAGAUGAGGAGAGAAACGUCCAGGAGGAUCGAGAGGCUUUCUGA